GUGUGUGUUCACUCUCUCAGUGACUCCUGUGCCACUCGGAUCACACUCUCACACUCCUCUAUCAGGAUUACUGCAGCCCUGAGCCGCUUCCCUCUCUCCUCUCAGCUUCUUCUUCCUCUGCUCUAGAUGAUCCCUCUUUCCUCCGGUGUUCUGUCGGUCUCAGAUGCGCAGUGCUGUGUUGGCUGCCUCUAACCGCAGUGUGUUGAGUCUCGGUGAGGCCGAUGGCGCCCCGUGUUGCGGGAUUCGGCCCGGCCCGCUUCCUGGUUCUGCUGCUCCUACUGCCUGGAAAAAUGUCCCAUUGGGGCGUAGCGAUGGCGACAGAGUCACCCUGCCACCGAGCUGAGCAUCCAUUCAUCUCUCACGCAGAAAUUGAGCCAUGGCUCCAUCGUUUUAGAGCUGAGGGCACGGUGGAUUACUCACAGCUGACCUUUGACCCUGGGCAGAACGAGCUGAUUGUGGGGGCGAGAAAUCAUCUCUUCAGGCUGCAUUUGGAGGAUCUUUCAUUGAUCCAGGAGGCAGAGUGGCAUUGUGAUGAGUUCACCAAAGGUGCCUGUUUCAGUCGAGGGAAAUCAGAGGAAGAAUGCCAGAAUUAUAUCCGUGUCCUUCUGGUGAAUGGGGACAGACUUUUCACCUGUGGCACAAAUGCCUUCACUCCAAUUUGUACCAAUCGUACACUGACCAACCUAACAGAGAUCCAUGACCAGAUCAGUGGCAUGGCUCGAUGUCCCUACAACCCCCUCCAUAACUCCACAGCACUUAUUACCUCCAGUGGAGAGCUCUAUGCCGCUACCGCUAUGGAUUUUUCUGGCCGAGAUCCUGCGAUUUACCGCAGCCUAGGAGGCCUUCCUCCACUCCGCACAGCUCAGUACAACUCCAAAUGGCUUAACGAGCCCAACUUUGUGUCCUCAUAUGACAUUGGAAACUUCACAUACUUCUUUUUCCGGGAGAAUGCUGUGGAGCACGAUUGUGGGAGGACUGUAUUUUCCCGUGCGGCACGUGUGUGUAAAAACGACAUUGGUGGUCGGUUCUUAUUGGAGGACACCUGGACCACAUUCAUGAAGGCAAGACUGAACUGCUCAAGGCCCGGAGAAAUCCCAUUCACCUAUAAUGAGCUGCAAGGAACCUUCUUCCUACCAGAGCUUGAGCUGCUGUACGGUAUCUUCACCACAAAUGUGAACAGCAUUGCUGCCUCGGCAGUGUGUGCCUUCAACCUGAGCGCCAUUACCCAAGUGUUCAGUGGGCCUUUUAAAUACCAAGAGAACUCACGUUCAGCAUGGCUUCCUUAUCCAAACCCCAACCCGGACUUCCAGUGUGGGACAAUAGAUUAUGGCUCCUAUGUGAACCUAACCGAGAGGAACCUACAAGAUGCUCAGAAGUUCAUCCUGAUGCAUGAAGUGGUUCAGCCCAUCAUCCCUGUGCCCUACUUCAUGGAGGAUAAUGUCCGUUUUUCUCAUGUUGCUGUGGAUGUUGUGCAGGGAAAAGAUGCGCUCUACCACAUCAUCUAUUUGGCAACAGAUUAUGGCACCAUUAAGAAGGUUCUCUCUCCACUUAACCGAACCACAGGCAGCUGUUUGCUGGAUGAGAUUGAGCUUUUUCCCUCCAGGAGGAGAGAGCCGAUCCUGAGCCUACUCAUCCUGCAGAGCCGCAGCGAACUUUUUGUGGGGGUCAGAGAUCAGGUUAUCAAAAUCCCGCUCAUGCGCUGCAAUUUCCACAAAUCCAGAGAGGCAUGUGUUGGAGCGAGGGAUCCAUACUGUGGGUGGGAUCUGGUGUUAAAGAAGUGCACCAUGCUGGAGGAGAGUGUGAGCAUGAGUCAGUGGGAGCAGAGUAUCACUCACUGUCCUGUAAAGAAUGUGACUGUAGAUGGUCACUUUGGCCCUUGGUCCAGUUGGAGUUCAUGCAGUCACAGUGAUGGAGGAAGUGUUGGCAUGUGUCAGUGUCGAACCCGCGCCUGUAACAGCCCGAGUCCUCAGUGUGGAGGAAAACAGUGCCAAGGCAGCAGCGUGGAGGUGGCCAACUGCUCCAGGAAUGGAGCGUGGACACCAUGGACAUCCUGGUCCUCGUGCAGUACAAGCUGUGGGAUCGGCUUCCAGGUGCGUCAGCGCUCCUGCAGUAACCCAACACCACGCCACGGGGGACGAGUUUGUGUCGGUCAGAACCGUGAGGAGAGGUAUUGUAAUGAGCACCUCCCAUGCCCCCCACAUAUCUACUGGUCAGCCUGGUCACCAUGGGAACGCUGCACAGUGCCAUGUGGUGGUGGCAUCCAAUCCCGUCACAGGGUCUGUGAAAAUGGAAAUGAAUGUCCUGGAUGCAGCAUGGAGUACCAGUCGUGUAAUACUCUUCCCUGUCCUGAUCUGAAGAAAACAACACCAUGGACACCUUGGACCCCUGUGAACAUCUCGGAUAAUGGAGGCCAUUAUGAGCAGAGAUUUCGCUACACGUGUAGGGCGCGAGUGGCCGAGCCGAACAUGCUCGAGGUUGGGAGGCAGAGGAUUGAGAUGCGCUAUUGCUCCAGUGAUGGCUCCACCGGCUGCUCCACCGAUGGAGACGUGCUGCGCUCAGGCCGUAUCUCUGGGCUCACAGUGAACGGAGGCUGGUCAGUCUGGAGUUCAUGGACUCAAUGCAGUCGUGACUGCAGCUCAGGAGUGCGCAGCCGCAAGCGAACCUGCACAAACCCUAAACCAAAAUAUGGAGGGACGACAUGUUCAGGGCCUGCGCAGGAAUACCAGGAGUGUAACACUACACCAUGCCCAGUGGAUGGAAGCUGGUCAUGUUGGUCUUCUUGGUCCAGAUGUUCAGCCACAUGUGGUGGGGGUCAUUACAUCCGCACUCGUUCGUGCAGUAACCCUCCGCCUGCUUACGGCGGAGACAUCUGCCUUGGCUUACACACAGAGGAGGCUCUGUGUAACACACAGCCCUGUCCAGAGAGUUGGUCUGACUGGUCUGAAUGGUCCCACUGUGACUCAUCCGGUUCUCAAAUUCGUCUUCGUCACUGUGACGUCCUGUUUCCUACUGGGAAUCAGUGUUCUGGAAACAGCAGCGAAGUCCGUGCCUGCCUGUCCGACUCCAACUUUAUCCCAGAGAUCUCUGUAGCACACUCGAGUCACACGGAGAGACGCUGUGGAGAUUUCAACGUAUUCCACAUGAUUGCUGUGGGCUUGAGCAGCUCCAUUCUAGGCUGUUUGGUCACUCUACUGGUCUACACCUACUGUCAAAGAUAUCAGCAGCAAUCCCAUGAUGCAACAGUGAUUCAUCCCAUUUCUGCUGCACCUCUUAACACCAGCAUCACCAACCACAUCAACAAACUCGACAAAUAUGAUACAGUGGAAGCCAUUAAGGCUUUCAACAAGAACAACUUGAUCCUGGAGGAAAGAAAUAAAUACUUUAACCCCCAAUUAGCCGGAAAAACCUACACCAAUGCCUAUUUCACGGACGUCAACACCUACGAUGACUAUUAAUCACAGAGUUUUAUGACCAGCACUGCUUAAUUAGCAAUUCCACCACCGUGAACAGUUCAUGGAGUCUGUUUUUUUUUUCCCUCAUGGCUUGCAUUGCUGUAUGAUGUUUUAUGUGGGACCAUUUUAACAUCACACAUCAGUAAAACCCCAUUAAACCAUCUUCAACUCUAACAAGGACAUUGUGCUCUUCUGGUGUGUGGAUAUUACUGCGCAAACUCAACUCUGAACAGCAAAAGGAUAUCUCCAAGGUGGAGAACUGUUUAAAAAACUUUGAGAGUGGAUCUGAUCCCUCUGUAAACUCUCUAAGAAAGACCUUUGGGCUAGGGGUUGGUGCUUUUUGCAUGAUUUUCAUCUUUUUAUUUCAUUUGUUUGCAUUGCAUGGUUGAUCGCGCUCCAGCAGACCAGGUUAUGUCCUCAAUGACCAGAUUGACCCUUGACAGCUUUGUCUGCUGUGCUGAAUCAGCAGCGACCCCGUGCCUCCCACAUUGGUGCCCAGAAUAUUUGCCUGCCUGAAAAAAAACAAGUGUAGAUACAUUGGUGUCUGGCAAAUAUGUUUAUCCGCUCAAGCUAAUACCAGUGAUGGGAAUAUCUGUGGGUUUAUUUUUUUGUCUUGUACAGUAUAUUCAUAAAUCAUAAAUUGUACAUCUGUGUAGCUUUUGUAGACCAAACUCUUAUAAUGCUUGUUGUUUCAUCCCACUGUAAUUCAUUAACUUUAAAAAGAGAAUUUAACAUUUAACAACAAACGCAUUAACACCUUUUUAUAACUGUAAUCCUUUGCUAAUUUGAAUACUAAGAUCAUAUUUAUGUUCAGAUGUUUAGUACAAGAUGUCAUAACUGCAUCGUAAGCUCAUAUUUUCUAAAGAGACGCUAAUGUAAAAGCAUCUUCAGCAUCUAAAAGGUAACAUCAUUUCUUCAUGAUGAUAACCAUAUUGGUGCUGUAUUUUCCAGACUAUAAGAUGCAUUUUUUUUCUUUGCCCUCUAGUAGGUACUUUCUUACACUGUAUGUUAUAAAAGUUUGCAGUUUGUUCAGAAUUUUUUUUGUAAUUAUAAUGUGCCCAUUUGUUUGUUUAUUUACGGUAGCCCCACUACUGUAGUUCUUAUGGUAAAUUGUAAUCCUGUUUAGUAAACUAUGCUUAUCAUUAUUUUGUCUAUUUGUACUUAAGCAAAAUUAAAUACUAGAAGGCCACUAAAGUUUCAUUCACUCUUAUUUCUCAGUUGUUUCAAAGGUAUUUACAAAAAGAUAAUACAUUUUUUCAACUAAGCAGACAGAAUUUAGACGAGUGUGUACACUCUGGAGCAACUUAUUGUCUGGAAAAUAUGGUAAUGCAGUAAUCAGUGCUGGGAUAUCUGUUGUGUUCAAUUUCUACUAAUUGUUUUGGUUUUUUUUACAUGCAAAAGUUCUGUUCGCUUGUUUUAAUGUGCAUAAAUUAAAACAGCUUCAUACA